CCAGCCCCUCGCUCCUCCUUCGCCUGGGCGGGAGGGAGCCGAGCCGGACCCUCUGGCGGGCUCGGACUCAGGGCUAUCCUUGCAACUGUUUCUGCUGCUCCGGCUGUCGGGAGCGAUGGCCGAGGUGCGCAAAUUCACGAAGCGGCUGAGCAAGCCGGGCACGGCAGCAGAGCUGCGGCAGAGCGUCUCGGAGGCGGUGCGCGCCUCGCCGGGGCUGGAAAAGACGAAGGUGAUUGAGCCCUUGGACUACGAGAAUGUCGUCUCCCAAAAGAAAGCGCAGAUCUACAGCGACCCUCUCCGGGACUUGCUUAUGUUCCCCAUGGAAGACGCCUCUGUCUCUGUUGUUGGGCGCCAGAGGAGGACUGUUCAGUCUACAGUGCCAGAAGAUGCUCUGAAGAAGGCUCAGAGUCUCUUUGUCCAGGAGUGCAUUAAAACCUACAGCUCAGACUGGCACACAGUGAACUACAAAUAUGAGGACUACUCGGGGGAUUUCCGAAUGCUGCCAUGCAAAUCCUUCAGCCCCGACAAGAUUCCAAACCACGUGUUUGAAAUUGAUGAAGACUUUGAAAAAGAUGAGGAUUCCUCGUCACUAUGCUUGCAAAAGGGUGGCGUGAUAAAACAAGGCUGGUUGUACAAGGCCAAUGUCAACAGCACUAUUACGGUCACCAUGAAGGUGUUCAAGAGAAGGUACUUCUACCUGACACAACUUUCUGAUGGCUCCUACAUCCUAAACUCCUACAAGGAUGAAAAGGUCUCCAAGGAAUCCAAAGGCUGCAUUUUUCUGGAUUCAUGCAUUGAUGUCGUGCAGUGCCCCAAAAUGCGGCGCCACGCGUUUGAGCUCAAGAUGCUGGACAAGUACAGCCACUACUUGGCAGCUGAAAGCGAGCCGGAGAUGGAGGAGUGGCUGGUCACCUUGAGGAAGAUCAUCCAAGUCAACGCGGAGAGCCUGGUGCAAGAGAAGAAGGAGGCUGUGGAAUCCAUUCCAGAUGAUGAGUUGAGCAGCCAAGGAAAGUCAGAGAACGAGAGCUUGGAGAGGAGCAUGCACCCAGAGCUGAUGAAGUAUGGAAGGGAAACUGAGCAGCUGAACAAGCUCAGCCGGCAUGAUGGGAGACAGAACCUCUUCUCCUUUGAUCCAGAAGUUCAGAGGUUAGAUUUCUCUGGAAUUGAACCGGACGUGAAACCUUUCGAGGAGAAAUGCAGCCGCCGUUUCCUGGUGACCUGCCACGCCCUGACCUUCAACCUUCUUGCCCACCUGAGCGACCAAUCCGAGGGCCCGCCCACAAACGUGGAGCCAUUCUUUCUCAGCCUUGCCCUGUUUGAUUUGAAAAGCUGUUGCAAGAUUUCAGCUGAUUUCCAUGUGGACCUGAACCCCUUGCCUGUACGGGAGAUGCUGCCCAAUGCUUCUGCCCAGGACUCCAAGAACAACAGUGCUAGCAGCCACUUUCUUCAUGGAAUACCUGAAUCCUGCUUGCGCUAUGUAAAGCAAGGGAUCUUCUCUGUGACAAACCCACACCCAGAGAUUUUCCUUGUUGCUCGGGUGGAGAAGGUGCUCCAAGGAAGCAUCACACACUCUGUGGACCCCUACAUCAAGACCUCCGAUCCCACAAAGACUGCUCAGAAGGUCCACAAGGUGGCAAAACUGGUGUGCAGCCGCCUUGGCCAAUACAGGAUGCCCUUUGCUUGGGCUGCCAGACCUGUCUUCAAAGACUCCCAGGGCACCUUGGACCUUGAAGGGAAGUUCUCCCCCAUCUAUAAGCAAGACAGCAGCAAACUCUCUGCUGAGGAUCUCAUGAAGUUGUUGGCAGAGUACAAGAAACCAGAAAAGACAAAACUCCAAGUGAUACCCGGCCAAUUGAAUAUUACACUAGAGUGCAUUCCACUGGAAUUUGCAAACUGUGUCACGGCCUCUUACAUUCCCAUCAAGCCCUUUGAGAUGCAGGGCCAGGAUGACAGCAUUACGGUCGAAGUGGAAGAGUUUAUCCCUGAGAUCGCCAAGUACUGCUACCCUUUCACCAUCUACAAAAACCAGCUCUACGUCUAUCCUUUGCAUUUGAAGUAUGACAGCCAGAAAACAUUUGCCAAGGCAAGGAACAUUGCUGUCCGCAUGGAAUUCAAAGACUCUGAUGAAGGGGACGCCAGAGCUUUAAAGUGCUUCUAUGGCAAGCCUGGGGCCCCCCUCCUGACAUCAAGCACCUACACUUGUGUGUUGCAUCAUAACCAGAAUCCAGAGUUCUAUGAUGAGAUUAAAAUUGAACUCCCAAUCCACCUCCAUCAAAAGCAUCACCUGCUUUUCACCUUCUAUCAUGUCAGCUGUGAAAUUAACACAAAGGGGACAGCAAAAAAGCAGGAUGCCGUGGAGACAACAGUUGGGUUUACUUGGCUGCCUUUGCUGAAGGAUGGCCGGAUCAUCACCUCUGAGCAGCACUUGCCUGUUUCAGCCAAUCUGCCAGCAGGCUACCUGAGUGUCGGGGAUUCUGAGGCUCGAAAGCCAAGUAUUGAUGUUAAAUGGGUUGAUGGGGCAAAGGCUCUCUUCAAGAUCAAGCUCCAUUUGGAGUCAACCAUUUACACCAAAGAUCUCCACCUCCAUAAAUUCUUCCAGUAUUGCCAGAUGAUUCAAGCAGGUGCCAAAGAAGUCCCAGGAGAACUUGUUAAAUAUCUCAAGUGCCUACAUGCCAUGGAUAUCCAAGUGAUGAUACAGUUUCUGCCUGUGGUCCUUAUGCAACUCUUUAGAGUCCUCACCACCCGGACACAAGAGGAAGAAAUUGCUGUCAACUGUACCAUGGUUCUCCUCCAUAUUGUGUCCAGAUGCCAUGAGGAAGGCCUUGACCAUUACUUGAGGGCUUUCAUAAAGUAUUGCUUUCGGCCCGAGAAGCCUGUUGUGCCUCACUCAAAGACUACACACGAAAUUUUGGCUGUCGCAAUGGCAACAAUUUUGAAGCAGUCGGCAGAUUUCUUGGCCAUCAAUAAGAUGCUGAAGUAUUCGUGGUUUUUCUUUGAAGCUCUGGCCAAGUCAAUGGCUAUGUACCUCCUGGAUGAGAACAAGAUUAAGCUCCCCAGGGUCCAGCGGUUCCCAGAGUCCUACAACCACGCCUUGCACUCUCUGCUCCUCGCCAUCAUCCCUCACGUGAACAUUCGCUACAGUGAGAUUACAGAGGAGUCCAGAAAUGUCAAUUUCAGCUUGGCCAACUUCCUGAAGCGAUGCUUGACAUUCAUGGACCGGGGAUUUAUUUUCAACUUGAUCAAUGACUACAUUUCUGGAUUCAGCCCCAAAGACCCAAAGCUGUUGCUGGAAUACAAGUUUGAAUUCCUGCAGACAAUCUGUAACCACGAGCACUACAUUCCAUUAAAUUUGCCAAUGACCUUUGCCAAACCGAAACUUCAGAGAGGCCAAGAUGCAAACCUUGAAUACAGCUUGUCUGAUGAAUAUUGCCGCCACCACUACUUAGUGGGCUUGCUCCUGAGAGAGACAUCUAUGGCUCUGCAUGACAACUACGACAUCAGAUCCAUGGCCAUCAGCAUCUUGAAGAGCCUUCUGAUAAAACAUGCUUUUGACAACAGAUACCAGCAUAAGAACCAGCAGGCCAAAAUAGCUCUGCUGUACUUGCCCUUGGCUGGACUUCUUCUGGAGAACAUCCAGCGGCUGGCUGGCUGGGACACUCUGUACUCUGGCAGCACCAUGUCAAAUUCUGCAUCCAGAGAUGAGUUUAUGUGCAAUUUCACAUUGCCUUCCAACAGGUCAAGCCUAAUCGUCGACAAAGAUUCACUUUAUGGCACGGCUCUCCAGAAUGGGCUUGCCCUGAAGAGGGAAGACUCCAAAGGAUCCCUCAGCAGUGAAGGGGCAGCUGGCUCUCCGGAGCAAUGCAGCACCAGUGAAAAUAUGCGGAGAAGUUCUACACGCAGCAGCAUCUCCCAGUUUGGGCGACUGGACCAGUACGAGAUCCGGAGCCUCCUGAUCUGCUACCUUUACAUCAUUAAAAUGGUUUCUGAAGAUACCUUGUUAUCUUACUGGAACAAAAUAUCCCCCCAGGAACUGAUGAACGUCCUCGUUCUUCUUGAAGUGUGUUUAUUUCACUUCAGAUAUGUGGGGAAAAGAAACAUUGCAAGGGUCAACGAUGCUUGGCUGUCAAAGCACAUGGGCACUGACCGGAAAUCCCAGACGAUGCCAGCCCUCCGCAGCAGAGCUGGGGCCAUGCAAACCCGUCUCCAGCACUUGAGCAGCCUGGACAGCUCCUUCACCCUUAACCACAGUGCUGGCACAUCAGAGGCGGACAUUGUGCACCAGGCUUUGCUGGAGGGCAACACAGCGACAGAGGUUGCUCUCACUGUCCUGGACACCAUUUCAUUCUUCUCCCAUUGCUUCAAGAACCAGCUCUUAAACAACGAUGGGCACAACCCACUGAUGAAAAAGGUGUUCGAUAUUCAUAUUGCCUUCCUCAAAAACGGGCAGUCAGAAGCAGCCCUUAAGCACGUCUUUGCCUCUCUGAGAGCUUUCAUCAACAAGUUCCCCUCGGCCUUCUUCAAGGGGAGAGUCAACAUGUGUGCUGCCUUCUGCUACGAGGUAAUCAAGUGCUGCACAUCCAAGCUCAGCUCAACCCGUAAUGAGGCCUCUGCCCUCCUCUACCUCCUCAUGAGAAAUAACUUUGAGUUCACUAAGCGGAAAACUUUUCUAAGAACCCACCUCCAGAUCAUUAUUGCGGUAAGCCAGCUGAUAGCUGAUGUGGCACUUAGCGGAGGGUCGAGGUUCCAAGAAUCGCUCUCAAUUAUCAAUAACUUUGCCAACAGCGACCGGCCAGUGAAGUCGACGUCUUUUCCGUCUGAAGUGAAAGACCUGACCAAGAGGAUCCGGACAGUGCUGAUGGCCACAGCUCAGAUGAAGGAGCAUGAGAAGGACCCUGAGAUGCUGGUUGACCUGCAAUACAGUUUGGCCAAGUCCUACGCCAGCACACCAGAGCUGAGGAAGACCUGGCUGGACAGCAUGGCCAAGAUCCACUUCAAGAAUGGAGAUUUCUCCGAGGCAGCCAUGUGUUACAUUCACAUUGCAGCUUUGGUGGCAGAGUUCCUUCAUCGAAAAAAACUAUUUCCAGCUGGAUGCUCAUCUUUCAAGAAAAUUACACCCAAUAUUGAUGAAGAGGGGGCGAUGAAAGAAGACGCGGGGAUGAUGGACGUUCAUUACAGUGAAGAGGUCCUGGUAGAGCUAUUGGAGCAGUGUGUUGAUGGCUUGUGGAAAGCGGAGCGUUAUGAAACCAUCUCAGAGAUUUCGAAGCUGAUCAUUCCAAUCUAUGAGAAACGACGCGAGUUUGAGAAACUUACACAAGUGUACAGAACACUUCACGGCGCUUACACUAAAAUCCUGGAAGUGAUGCAGACUAAAAAAAGGCUGUUGGGCACUUAUUUCCGAGUUGCUUUUUAUGGACAGGCUUUCUUUGAAGAAGAGGAUGGCAAGGAAUACAUCUACAAAGAGCCUAAGCUAACAGGUCUAUCAGAGAUCUCCUUCCGCCUGCUGAAACUUUAUGGGGACAAAUUUGGAGCAGAGAAUGUCAAAAUCAUCCAGGACUCAGAUAAGGUGAAUGCCAAAGACCUGGACUCCAAGUAUGCGCACAUUCAAGUGACUUACCUGAAGCCCUACUUUGAUGAGAAAGAGCUCUCAGAGAGGAAGACAGAUUUUGAAAGGAACCACAACAUCAACCGAUUUGUGUUCGAGACACCAUAUACUUUGUCUGGGAAAAAACAUGGGAGUGUGGAAGAGCAGUGCAAGAGGCGGACGAUCCUUACCACAUCCAACUCCUUCCCCUAUGUCAAAAAGAGGAUUCCCGUCAGUCACGAGCACCAAGUCAAUCUGAAGCCUAUCGAUGUGGCAACUGAUGAAAUCAAGGCAAAGACGGCCGAGCUGCAGCAACUGUGUACUUCAGCAGAUGCUGACAUGAUCCAACUGCAGCUGAAGCUUCAAGGCUCCGUUUCAGUGCAGGUCAAUGCUGGUCCACUAGCCUAUGCACGGGCUUUCCUAGAUGACAAGCACUCCAGCAAAUAUCCCAGCAAGAAGGUGAAUGAACUGAAAGAAAUGUUCAGGAAGUUUAUUCAGGCCUGUGGAAUUGCCCUUGAGCUCAAUGAGCGCCUAAUCAAGGAGGACCAGGCAGAAUACCAUGAAGAGCUGAAGUCCAACUUCAGGAACAUGGUGAAAGAGCUUUCAGACAUCAUCCACGAACAGAUGUACCAAGAAGAUACCAUUCAGUCCUCAUGGAUGCACAACACCUUACAUGUGUUCUGUGCAAUAAGUGGAACUUCAGGCAAUGGCUAUGGCUCACUUAGAUCUACGUUCGACGUUUAAAAAGAAACUUGGGAGUGACUCUUGACAUUCUACAGAUCUUUCUCAGGAAUACUUGGGACUGUUGCCUGAAAGAUGUUAACCUCCAGACACGUGAACAAAAUGGUCUCAAUAUUUUUCUUUGUUUAAGCAGAAUCAACUGGCUUUCAAAAAGGGUACUUGCUUAAUUCAGAGACUGUGAAAGUGCCUCUAUGAUAUGCUUUCCUUCUUGUAUCUUUUGUUGUUGUUGUUGUUGCAUUCUUAAAAUCUAUGGAAUACACCAAAAGGCAUUUAUCAAAUCACCUUGUACUGAAAAGAAUGAACUUGAAUACGGUACCAUGUAAAGUUCUACAAUGGAAUAUAAUAAAAUGUAAAACUGCUUUGUAAAUAA